AAUAUAUAUUAUUGAGGAAUACUUAUUUGUUUUUCUUUUUUAGGAUUAUUUAGACAUCUAUUUUUGGAAGCGUAUUAUAUAAGGUUUUUCAGUUUAAAAAUAAAUUUUUGAGUGUUAAUAAAUUUCCUUUUUUUGAGUGCAAUAGUUAAAAGUUUUUUGAAUUUAAUUGAUUUUUUUUCAACGAAAGUAAAAUGAAAAGUGUUCUUUGUUUAGUGCUAUUCACCGUAGCGAUUGUGAAUGGCCAAAAAUUAAAAGGCGAUCAAGAAGAUCCUUGUAAAACCAAAGCACGUGUAGUACCAGAUGCACAAUAUUGUGACAAAUAUUGGGAAUGUGUUAAUGGCCAACCAGAAUUAUUUGACUGUCCCAAUGGUCUUGUGUUUGCUGGUAAACAUCGUGGCGUAACUGAAGGCUGUGAUUACCCAUGGCGAUCAAAUUAUUGUGAAAAUAAACAACAAAUAAAUCCACCACUUGGAACCGAACAUUGUGAUUGGUUAUAUGGAAUAUUCGGACAUGAAACAUCAUGUACAAGAUAUUGGACAUGUUGGAAUGGUACUGCAACAGAACAAUUAUGUAUUGGAGGUUUACUCUAUAACGAAAAAGCCCAUUCCUGUGAUUGGCCCGAAAAUGUUGAUGGAUGCCAAAAACAUCCCCUCUGUAAUGAAGAUGCUAAUGGCAAUGUUGCACUUGGUAAAUCAUGCAAUCGAUAUUGGCAAUGCCAAGGUGGUUAUCCACGAUUACAAAGAUGUCCAGCCAUGUUAGUAUUCGAUCGACGAUCAUUACGUUGUGUUGUUCCUCCAACUGAAGACUGUGAUAUUCCAACAACACCACUCCCAUUAGAUGAUGGUGGUAGAGAAGAUGGCGAAAAUAAUGUGCCACAACAACGAGGUGGUAACAAUAUCAAUAGCCGACCACAACCAGAAUUUAAUAAUUUACCAGCUGGUGCAAUACCAAUACCUGCUAAAUUUAAUGUUAGGUCUAGAAAUUAAAAACACAAAAUAAUUAUAAAUG